UUGAAAAAUAAUUUUCAAAUAUUUUUUAAGAGCUUUUAAAAACAUCAGAAAUUGAAAAAAUAAAUAAAAAAAACAUAUUUCUAAUAAAAAUUUUCAUAUUCUUAAUUUAAUAAACGUGAAAUGUCCACGAGAUUUACUACUUCGCUAUCGACCCACAAAUUCAAUGACUACAAGCUAUAUGCGAUCAAUUUCCAAACGAAUUCAUUAAAUUCAAUAUGUGAGGAGUUCAAGAAGCGCGUACGAACGGGCUUACGCAGGCGCGUCUUCAUAAUCGAUCUCGAGGAAGAAGCGAAACAGUUAGCACUAAAAGUACGCAAUACGAAACGCUUUGACAACUACACCGUCGCAAUGGAAAUGAUCGAAGAUUAUCUCGCCGAAUACCGUCACACAUCAAAUAUAAUUGCUGAAGAGAAAAAGUUCAGUUUAAUCGAUUAUUGGAUGGAUAAUCUAAAUGUACCCACUGGUGCCACGUUAAGCAAAGAUGGUAAGUUGAGCAAGAAGGCUGCUAAAAAGUCACCGCCGAAAACUCCACCCAAAACGACCAAAGCGACGAAGAUGGAAAAAAAUAAGUCUAUGUUAAAAUUUCCAACCUGUCCACAUUUGGCGCCAAAGCAACAUAACACGGUUGGACGGCCAGAACCAUUAUCUAAAAGGAAGUACAUACAAGAUGAGCCGGAAUAUUCGAAAAUUUUCAUAAUCCUCAUUGGCGAUAUGGACAAUGACUUUUAUGUGAAACUGUUGAGCGCCCACCAACCACUCCAAGCGAUCAUACAUUUUCUGCCCGAAGAGUGUGGCUACGACGUACUGCUGCCACAUCCGCAAGCUAAGGAACAACUUGCGAAUAUCAUCGAGCAGAUACAAGUGGAUAUCUUUGAAAUGCGCACAUUGGCAUUAACAAAGCCAGUCGGUUAUAUGCAGCAUUAUUUACCCGUCAUAUCACGUUGUCUCGCUGAGAAGUACUCCGAUCAGAUCUACGAACAACUCUGUCACUAUUUGUACGACAUCGAAGUGCUGGUGGAACAAUAUGAACGCUAUUAUCGUAAACCAUUCCGGACCAUAGAUGUGCAAAUGCCAUUGAAUGUGAAAGUGGAGGGACUGCGAGAGAUCGCGGAAUCGUUAGAUCUGCAGGGCACCUAUUUAACCGCACCAUUGCCUGCCAUGGCCAGCGAUGUGGCAACGAUUGCCAUCUACUUUGAUGGGCUGCUCAAUCAAAUUGCGGAACGCGUGCGCAAAUUGACGCCACAACAGGUACAAAUCAGCACACUGUCGUACAAGCAGGCGAGCGCCAUGCAUUUGAAUCAGGAGCUACGCGAUGUUUACGCGACGGCUUUCGAUAGUAUUUUGAAGGUGCGACACUUUGAACGUCUAUGCAUUGCCGCAAACAAUUUGCUGCUGCACGAGUUAUUGUUGUACACGAAUGUCGACUCGUUUGAAACCAUACACUAUACGAGCCUCGAGUAUAACGCAAUGAGAUCGUACAUAGAUAAGAGUUGUUUGAAAAAUGCAUUCCAAGUGCAAGAAUACAAUGAAUUAUCGGAUCGGGACUUCUAUCAGUUGCCAUAUUAUGCGAAAUUGUACUUUGGUGAGAAUGUAGUGAAGCAGCAUUUAGAGAAAUGGCUCAACGAGUAUACCACCUGGGAGGUGGAUGAAAUUAUGCCCGGCUAUAAGUUGUAUCACUUCAAACGCGCCUACAAUGAAGUGAAUGAAGAACAACAGGUUGUGGUAUUGCCAUCACCGUUGUGUUUUCGUGAUUUCACACUCUUUCAAAUGGAAGAGUUCAUCGACGCCUUGGUUACACCCGAAAUGAUACAGACACAGUACGAGCAGAGCUACACCUCUAUGCAUAGUUUCUUAAAGAAAAGUAAAAAGGAGAAGGAUAACUUUGGCAUAGAUAUGUCCAUAUUUAUAAGACCUACUUCAUUGAAGUGGAAAAAGCUCAAAGCUUAUAUGGACACACACAUGAGUCAAGCUGUUGGCAAUCAAGUGCCAUUGCUACUACCGCAAUUGAGACCUACAAACCUAAGCGUGCGUACGAAGACCUCAAAUAUGAUGGAGGGUGUGCCCGGAUUGCCGUACAAUCAUCACUUGCUACAAGGCUAUAAUCUCGAAGAUGUACGUCAGGAGAUACAGAUCAAAAGCUCCAAAUACUAUUUCGAAGAGGGUGGCGUAGAGUUGUACGAAGAACGUUGGUGUUUCACCGAUAUGAACAAAAACCUAUUGUUAAAUGCCAAUAAUAUUUUACUCAAUAUAUUUCGUCCACGCUUUUGGAAUACCGCCGUCUCACCGUGUCUACGUUUCACAAAUAAAAAUAAUGUCUCAUUGCGUCUGCUAAACACUGUGGAUGAAUGCGCCAAGAUUGUUAUAAACUAUCCGAAUGGUUUGAGCAUCUAUCACAAUGAGCACCAAGUCGAACAGGUUUGGAAUAUACAAGACUCAGUGAAUAGAGAAAAGAAUCGUUUCUAUGUUGCCGAAGGUGCUGUGAUUGUGCACUAUCAAAGUGCCGAUCUCAUAAUGGUAAUGCGUUAUAAUGGUGAAGUUUAUCGCUUGUAUCAAUAUGAGUUUCCUGAAGGCGAGGAAGAAGCCAUGCAAGAAAUGACUGAUGAAUUAGAUUCUUCCUUAAAAAUCGAACAAAUCGAUAGUACCAUAAAUAAAGACACAGCACGACGUUCGAAACGGGAUACGAAGAAAGGUAAAGAGUCAGACGAUGAAAAGGAAAAAGACUUGGAUAAAGAGAAAAGGAAAGUUAGCGUUAAAGGAAAAGAAAAAGACAAAGACAAAGAAAAGGAAAAGGAAAAAGGAGAAACCGCGAAAGCCAAGGCUUCAAUUAAAGCAUCUGCGCGUUCUAAAGCAUCAUCACACAAGGCCGUCGCUUUUGGUGAUCAUAUUAAACACAAAACACCUAAGGAAUUACUCAUUGAAUCAAUCGACAAUGAAUUGAGAUUCCUCAACGAACUCACACACAAGUAUUCGCUAACGUACCUGCAUCUAAUUGUAACUACAUCAAGUGGACAUAUUGUGAACCUCACACAUCGUGGUAAGGUUUACAAAGGUCGCUCUAAGGCUACAAUAGAAUGGCACGAUUAUUUUGCGAACGAAAGCUAUGCACAACGCGGCGAUGGUGUCCGUAUGAUUUGGACAGCGGACUCUUUGAAGUGUUAUCACAUAGAUGGCACGGUUAUAAUAACAAAGGUGGAGGAGAAAAUUGAAGCUUUUGGCUUUGAUGCGGACACAGCAGUCACUUUGAGUUCUUCGCAUAUCGAUGAGGAUUAUGGCGACUUCUCCGAUAGUUUGUCGACCGGCGGUAAUGUAAAGGAUGGUCACCGUUCGAAGAGCACUUCACCUGCGCGCAAGCAGUCACAAAAGAGCGCCACUGCAAAAACAUCACCUUCUAAUAAAACUGGCAAAAAAUCAGGCAAAUCGCACUCACCACAUACACGCUCAAAUUUUCAUUCCACAAUUUCACAUUUUUUUAUGUCCGGCGAAGGUGAAGAGGGUCGCAAAUAUGAUGAUGCUUCAUAUGUCACAUCUCGCCAUAGUAGCUUUCACAUGUUACAUAAAAAGUAUGCCGAAGUACUAAUCGAAUUGUACGAAGUGCCGGUAAACGAUAUUGUCAUCACUAUAGUGGCCAUUGAUGGCAUAUCGGCGUUUAUCUACAAGGUAUUACCCACAUUUGAAAAUCUAAAUUUGGAUCCAUAUAUGGAUGUGCCAAGGUACAGAUCCACAAUGGGUGAUAGUGCCACAGACACCACCACACGCAAGAAUACUACUGCAACUACGAAGAGCAGUUCAAUUUACACUGCCGGCAGUGAUGUGCAUACGUCGGAUUCGGGAAAAUAUACGAUUGAGGAGGAGAUACUCGUACAGACUGUGGUGAAAGUUAGUUUCGGCAAUGAUUUAAAUAUAUGUACCACAGAAGAAGCAUGCGAUCUCGCUUUGGAGUUGGAGCAUUAUGAUGAGGAAAAUAACAAAGUGCGUGACACCUUGGACAUUCAUUUCGAAUUUAAGAAAAAUAUCACCGAUCUCUUUCAAUAUUUGGUGGAUUGUAUAUCGAAUUUCAAAAACUACCAAAAGCCCAAAUAUUGUGAGCUGUAUUUUUUGGAGCAUCAAAAUGAGCAGUGUCACACGACAGGUUAUCACUUCAUUUGUAAUCUACCGCCGCCGUUGGAGUAUAAUUUCUCUGCGGGCAACACUUUUACAGAACUCAGGAAACUUAAGAAUGUCAAAGAAUUAAUGACAAAUGUUUAUCCUUGGUACGACAAGGAUAUGAAGAAGUUUCCACGCUUCCCGUCGAGACGAGAUCGUGUGCCACCAAUAAAUGAAACAUUUCCCUUCGUACUGCUCGCCAACAUGUAUGUCAAGAUACCAAAAGCAUUGUGCAACACCGCAGAGAUACAUAAAUUCGUGGAGCCCAUUGAAGAUUUCACAUUCAAGAAGACACAACAUCACUUACGCGACGCUAUAGAAUAUUAUUUGCGACCACGCAUACGUAUCGCCUUGGCACAAUUGUGGAGUGAAAAUAAUUGGAAGAUCAAACUCGAAGAGCAUAAAAGUCGCAUGUUUCGUGAACAGCAACGAACUGUACUCUAUCAGGCUAUGUUGCGUCAUCAAGUCUAUCCCAAAUACUGGCAAUUCCAGCAUGAGUUUUACAGUCAUGUGAAGGAUAUUGAUUUCUUCAAAUUCAUUACAUUGCGCUGCUAUAAACCAAUUGAUGAAGCUGUGCAGGCAACAGAAAAUGCUGCAAAACUGCGUUUUGAAAAGGAUCCGAGAGCAAGUGAAGACAGACCGCCAUCGAUAGUAGAGUUUCCUGAGAAGCAGCCGCGAUACACCGAAGGUGGUCUGCAGAUGAGGCGUUCAAUAGCAAAAUAUCGCAGUCGUACGCCACCGAAAUGUAUCACAACAUUGACUCACAUUACUGAUCAACUGGAUGUCUAGAAAAUAAUUAUUUAUUUUAUAUAAAUGAUAUUAU